CUAUACAGCUACAGACUGGAAAAAUGUAGCCUGGUUUGAUGAAUCUGGAUUUCUGCUGAGGCCGACAGAUGAUGGGGUCAGAAUUUGGCAUCAACAGCAUGAAUCCAUGGAGCCAACCUGUGUUGUGGCAACAGAAUUUCCAUUUUUUGUCAAAGUGUAGUGCAUGUUGAGUAACAUCAACUCAUACCAACAGCUAGAUGUGAGUACUCUGGUGGGCGAGGAACUGUUUUCCUGUUGCAACACACCGUUAGACCAAAUCUUCAGCUUCAGAACUUCCUUCCUGCUGAAUAAUCAGAUUAUUGACAUCUUUUAAGAUUAAGAACACACUGUCCUAACAGCCUGAUUGAAAUGUUGGUGGAAUGAUCCAGAUCCACGAUGGUCCUUUUCAUCGUCAGUAAACUGCUUUUGACGACUCUUCUGCUCCAACCAACUGAAGCGAACAGAGAAUGGAAGACACACACAACACGUAAACCUGAAAAUUCUGAGCGUUUCGGGGAGUUCUGUCUGCGUAUUUCUGAUGACUCUCAAUGGACCAGCUCCAAGCCAGGUACCCAGCUGCCCAGAAAGUCAGCUCAUCCAACCAAACAACCAUCUCAUCUACCCAAGCAACCAACCCAACUACCCAAACAACCAACUCAUCUACCCAAGCAACCAACCCAACUACCCAAACAACCAACUCAUCUACCCAAACAAUCAACCCAACUACCCCAGCAGCCUACCAAACCAAGCAAGCAGGCCCCAAAACUACCUAAACAGGCAACCCAGCCAAACAGGGACUCAGCCCAGGUGUUUGAACAACCAACAACUGAGACAACCUACUUUGACGAUGAGCUGAUGCAACCACCCACACAAUCAACCCAACUGCCUCAACAGACAACCCAUCCAGACCUACUGAACAUUGUCACUCAGGACUCCAGUGACACUGUGUUACCAGUGAUGGCCCCCAUAGUUCUACCUGGGCAAGGAUGUCGCUGCAAAAAGGAAAAUAUAAAACAGCCAGCUGAACCCUCCACAGUAAUGAGUGUAAUGAUUUGGCUCCCCACCGAAACAUGUAGCUCAACUGAGUUCAUUGAGACAAUGAUGGAUGGUACAGAGGUUUGUGUGACUUCAAUCAGUCUCUUAGAAUUUAUUGGCGAACAAAAUUUAAGCCACUCGUCUAAUCCUGCAAUUGAAGUAGAACAGAUUGAAGAGCCUCCUAUCACAUCUCCUCCUCCACUGGACUCCACUACUCCACAGCCUUCCUCUGAAACCAUUCCCAACGAGGAAAAAAAAGAGAAUUCCGGUCGUGGCCUGAAUAAUUUAAAAGACAAAUUGGCUCAGAUUUGUGAAUGGUGCAACCUCAGGAUCAACAUGGAGGAUAUUGACCCAAAGGCUGUUCAAUCCCUAAAUGUGAAGAUGCAGCCAUUUCUCUGUCCUGUCCUUAUUUAUGUCAACCUGGAGGGUGAUAAUGUUUUGUGUUGGGGCCAGCCGCUGUUGGAGACAUUGCUGGAGAAACUGGAGGAUCAUUUUGGGCGGGCACUAACAAACAUUGUCCAUGGAUGCCGCUGCCAAGAGAGCGAGAAGAAACCUCCAGCUGAAACCUCUACAGUCAAAAGCAUAAGGAUUUGGCCCCCCAAUGAAAGGUGUAGCUCAAGUGAAUUCAUUGAGACACUGAUGGAUGGCAGGGAGGUCUGUGUGGCUGCAUCUAGCCUCUCAGCAUACCUUGAUUUUGCUCUUCACCAACAGUAUGUACCUGUGAUUGAGGAAGGGCCUCCAAGCCUGUCAGAAGUAAAAACCGAUACAUUACAUUUUGACUUUCUACGUGAGCAACACUUACCCCUUCGUAAGAGGGAGGAAGGAGCACUCCAGCGAGCAGAAAUCCAACAUGUAGUAGCAGUGGAUUGCAUGAGAUGCCUUCCCACUGAAAACUGGAACAACAUUGACUCAAAGGACGUACAAUCCCUGAGGAUGCAUGUCCAAUCAAUCGGCUGCCCUGUCCUCCUUCAUAUCAGCCUUAAAAAUAAAGAAGAAUUCUGUGUGGACUCGUCCCAGCCAUGGUUCGGGACUCUGCUGGACAAGCUGGACAUUCAAAGCACCUGAGGAAGAAGUCUCAAAUGUGAUACUCUGAUGUGCCUGUGAUCCAUUGCGGGACGGAUUUCAGAGUCGGGUACUUUUGGAGAACCAUAGUGUGGUGUGAAGGAUGUGAGGUUUGGAGUACAGGUGAUGACAGUAUGUAUUGUAUUUGUAAUCCCUAUGUGUUUCCUCAUGUUUAGAUACAAAUAUACUCUCUUUUCAUUUUCACAGUAAUAGGUUAGAAAACUGUCUGAUAAUGGAUAUCUACUAGAUGUGGGGGGAGUUUCAUUUAUUUCUGUGUCUCAUUUUCAAAAAUAUUUUAUUUUUUAGUCAUCUAGAUAAGUGCUUUUAUUAUUGAUUACUGCAUUUAACCAGUAGAUACAUUUUAAUAAUAGGUUAACUAUACAUAUUAAUUUAUUGUAUACAUAAAUUUGAUACAUCCAUUGUUUUUCUGCUGCAAGUAAUAUGUAUUUCUGCUCUCUCUGGCAAACUUUGAUA